UGACGAUUUCAAGGGGAUUGUGGUGGUGACGACGACACCAGUUUGAAAUUGACGAUGCAGAUCACGGUCACGAACGCGAAGGGCAAGGAGUAUGGCUCGUUGGAGGUCCAGCCCAAGGACACCUUGCUAUCGCUGAAGAAGCAGCUGCAAAAGUCCACCCGCCUAAGCAUCCACCGCCAAGGCUUGAAGCUCAAGACUGGUGACGCCUUCAAGAACUUGAACGGGGACUUGGAAACGCUGGCGGCGCUCGGGUUUGUCGAAGGAACGAACGACCUUGUGGUCAAGGACCUUGGACCUCAGAUCGGCUACCGCACAGUGUUCCUCUUGGAAUACCUGGGCCCGAUGGUGUUUGUGCUGCUGUACGCCACCCGCCCUGCGUUCCUCUACGGCGCCAAGGCCUCGUCCCUUCCCUUCAGCAAGACCGCGACGUACGGCAUCAUUGCGUGGACGCUCCAUUUCCUCAAGCGCGAACUGGAGACGCUGUUUGUCCAUCGCUUUUCGCGCCCAACCAUGCCCCUCUUCAACUUGUUCAAAAAUUGCAUGUACUAUUGGUCGUUUGGAUUGAUCAUUGGGUACCCGCUGUGCCACCCGCAGUACCAAGGCCCGACCUCGGACACGCAAAUCCUCGUUGGGUUGGUGAUCUUUGCGGUGUCGGAAGUGUUGAACUUUAGCGUGCACAUGCAGUUCCGGCUCAUGCGGACGCAAGAAGGGUCCAGCGCCCGCAACAUCCCCAAGGGACCGCUCUUUGCGUUCGUGUCAUGCCCCAACUACACGUUUGAAGUGCUGGGAUGGGUGGGCUUUUCCAUCUUCACUCAAAUUGCGUUUGGCUACGUCUUCACCGUCGUGGGGUUCCUCCAGAUGGCGCAGUGGGCCCUCCAAAAGCACAAGGGGUACUACAAGACGUACGGCACCGAGUACAAGAAGCUUGGGCGCAAGGCGUUGGUGCCGUUUGUGCUUUAACAAGUUUGAGCAAAUUUGAACAAAUUUUUCACCAA